CUUCGUGAAAAGGGCUUCUGUAGUGGCGCCGCGUCAGAUGCUUAGCUAACAGUAAUAACACGGUAAAACGACGGAUAUUCGGUUCUUGAUCAGUAUUACGAGGCGGUGUUAGGUUGUCAGUAAUGUAUAUUGGUCCGUCGUCUACACUUUAAAGGCUCUCUCGUAGCUCUGAUAAUGCUGAAAAUGAAGCUACCGACGAAAACGGGCGAGGAAGGAGGUAACCAAACGGCUAAGAACGAUUCAUUGGAUCGGCCGAAGCACCAACAUGUUCUCGGGGCGGCAUCUUCCUCCGUGGCGUAUGACAAGCUGGGGGACUCGCCCAGACCUCCGGUGCAUCCAGCACAACUGGACAAGGAGAGCGUCUUUGAGUGGUUCGGCCUGCACCUAAACCCUGCUAAGCGUAUCGAGUUCAUGUGCGGGCUGUUGCAUAUGUGCCAACCCCUGGAGCUCCGUUUUUUAGGAUCUUACUUGGAGGAUCUCGCUAGAAAAGAUUACCAUGUUUUACGGGACUUUGAGUUUCGAGCAAAUAGUCCGAGCGAUUUGGGAGUGUUAACGGACGUGGUUGACCCAGUGAUCAGGUCUAAACUCCUAGUCUGCCUGUCCCUCCUCGGGUCUGACAGCAGGGAAUGUGCUGGAAUACUCUUUCGGAUACUCAGCCAUGUCAACCCGGCCUUGUUCUGCAGAAAUUACGACUGCCCCCUCCCUCCAUUUAGGGACUCUCACGUUCACUCGCCGUGUCAGGCCGACAGUAUGUACGGAGGUUCAGAAGAAGACUGCGGCUUCUCUGCAAACGACACAGCCGGAGGACCUCUGGAGCAGAUUGCGCUGCUUUUUACUAUGGCGUCCCUGCACCCAGCCUUCCACUUCCACCAACGCCAAGUUGUUCGGGAACUGCUCGACAAAAUAGAGCUUUCUAUGGAGGAGGGAAAGCGUCAACGCCAGCGUAGAUUAAACGUCCAAGCAACGUGUGUCCUCUGUGUUUGUGCAGCCGUGCAUAUCGAGGGAAUUGUGCUUAGGGGCAUCUGUCGGAAGAGAACGGACAAGGAAUACAAUUUUGAGGUGAAGUGGUCCGACUCCUCUUUCAGCAAAGUGACCAAAACCCAUUUUGAGCUGGAGAACUUCCUCCUGAAGCUUCCUAAGGAUCAGUGUACGGAGUCUUUUGAGAAGAGCAUCUUGAGUCUUUUGAACCAGGGGGGCCAGUAUGAGAGCAGGGAGGUGGAGAAGAACCUCAGAGAGAGGUUCCUGUCUGCGCCGCCGCUGUUCAGGCAGACCAGAAAGGUCUGCAGCUUCUUCAACUGUGAUUCCAGUUACGCUGCUAAACCUACUUGUAGCAGAUGCAACUGUCAGCUGGGCACAGCCUACCAGGGAGACUGCUCCGAUGCCUCCAGUCAGGAGGAAGAGUCGUAUCUACAGGGACACAAGAAAAAGCACGGGUCCAAGAGUCCGUGCCAGCUCGGGCUGUCGGCUGCCAAAGGCUCCCAGGUGGACCCUCGCAGGGGAGGACACGCCGCAGAGCUCAAUGGGCCUGCAGAGAGGAGGAAGAAGAGCUGCGCGCCACGAAGCAGCCAGGAAGCCGAGCAGCACCAGGACGCAGACAAGAGGAGCCACCCGUCCACCAAAGCCAAGAGCAGAGUGCCGCCCACAGAAGGAGAGAAGGUGAAGUGCAAGUCCUUUGUGUCCAACGGGUGUUUGGUGGCAGCCCCGAGGAAAGAUGGCGGUUCAUCGUCAGAAAGCUGCAGCUCGCCGUCCAGCCCACAGCACCGAGGACCAGAGAGCCUGGAGAGUGAGGAUGAACACAACAAAGAUACAGACAGCCCCUGUGACGACCUCUGUAAAGGACCAGGCUCUGACAUGUUCUUCACCGGACAGACUGAUCCUGCUGUGCUGGCGGACGCCUCCUUCAGCAGCCUGGAGGGGAGAGCAGACUUCCCCCAUAUUUCCUUCAUGCAUAACGUGAGCUACAUACUCCCCAACGGAGCUGCAGACGCUGGGCUCCCAUUGGGUUCACUUCCCAGCCAGAGCAUGGUUCCAGAGGGAAAGCCCUCAUCGGGGCCGCUAAUGAUUCCGAUGCCCACACUGCCUCCAGCCGUCUCUGGAAUUGUGGACGACCUGGAGAAGAGGGAUGUUGUCCAAACCUUUGGGAUUCCUACUGGACUGCAUCCUGCAGGAACGUCUGCUAUGCAGCCCUUGAUCCAGGGCUUCAAAACGGCGUUGUCGCACAGCCAGGGCGGCGCUGACGGAGCGCCGGGAUCUUCACCUGCUGCACCGCAGGUUUCACACCAGGGUCCAAUCAGACCCGUCAGCGUCAUGUCUUCUCCAAUACUAACCUGCCAAGACCCCGCCAACAUCAGCCCGGGCCUGGCCUCUUCUCUACCACAUGUGGAGACAUCGCAGAGCAAGCGCCCAGGCUUACCGUCUGCCCUGCCUUCUCCCUACACCCUGCCCCCCCCUGCUCCAUCGCCUGGACAAGUACAAGCUGCUGUUCCACCAGCUGUGCCCACGCACACCCCUGGACCUGCCCCGAGCUCCAGCCCAGCACUUACACACAGCACGGCGCACAGCGACUCGACAUCCUACAGUAACAGCAGCGCUUCCACUGGGAGCCCCCCGGUCGCUCCCGGCAGCCCCCUCACUCUCCAGCAGCCAGCAGCAGCGCAGCAGCAGCUGCCGAUGGGCUGCGGGACGUGUGGCUGUCACAAUAACUGCGGCAGCCGAAGCAGCAGCGUGAGCGUCGCCUCGGGUCAGACGCCUUUAUUCUUCCCCGGCCACCAGAUGGCAGCAGCGCACCAGAUGUUCAGUGUUCCUCCGCCACUCUUCCAGAUCACAAGCCUGUGCAAUAGCAGCUACCUCACCCAGCCUCACCCUCCUCACCAGGCCAACGGGCCCACCUCCCUGCCCCCUUACUUCCCCAGUGCCGCUCCAGCACAUCCGUCCCCUUACCUUAACACUCACGCCCAAAGUCAUGCAGAGGUACCGUCGCACAUGCUGGCCACGCAGGCUACAGCAGUGGUAGCCGCCGCCAGCUACAGCCUCCAGCAGCCGAUGGCUCCAAACACGUCGUUCUGCCACCAUGUCUACCAGCACGUGUACCCUCCCCUGGGCAUGCUGCCCCCCUCUCUGUUGGGGGGAGGUGGCAUUAAUAAGAAGAACGGGAACGUGUCCUGUUAUAACUGCGGUGUGAGCGGCCACUUUGCUCACGAAUGCAACCAGCCCUCCAUUGACUCCACACAGCAAGGUGGGUUCCGGUUAAAAUACGCACCGUCCCACAUCUCAGACGGCCCUGACAACGCCGACUGAAGGACACGAGGAGGAUGGAGGAAGUUCCUGCGACCUCGUUUCCAUGGCGGCAGCCUCUUCCCCGGGAGCUGUUUGUGAGCUGCGUGAUUAAGCUUCUGUGUUCGCCACCACAUCCUCUGAACAGGACCGACCUGCCAAGGGCGCCGUGGACAAAGCCGGAGUACUCGUGCCUGGAAAAAGACCUUCAUCCCGUGGGGAUUACUCAUUGCACACGCAAACUGUCCACGUGACUCGAAGCCCCACCCCCUUUCAGUUGGUUUUUGGUAUUUUUGCACUGAGGGUCGGAAAUGAUUAACUUAUUAAUUCUUAGGAAGUGAGAGCUAUUUUGAGGAUAUUUAGUUUUAACAUUAAACGGAGCCUUCGGUCUCGACUGGGAGCUUCGUAAACACUUCUUUGUAAGAGAGAGCGUAUUUAUGCCUUUUCUUAACUGUUCGAUUUUAUUGUACAGCAGUUUUCAAAGACUACGAAUCAAAGAUGGAUUUUGUUUUCAAUUUUGCUGUAAGGUUUUUGAAUGUAUGUUUAAAGAGGAGCCUGAUUCAGAGUGGACGGAUCUCACGCAUUUUUGCCACUUGGUGUGUUUUUAGUUGAAGGGUAAUUGCUGCUGCUUUGUAAUUUAAUUUUCUUAUUGUUUUCCAUUUUUUUAAAAGUUGUUUUAUUUAGUCAGAUGCACUAUAGAGAAGCAGGAGCCACUACGACAUUCUGCACCGGAUACACGUUCACGUUUUAUUGGUGUUCAUUUGAAAUCUGCAUGAAUUGGCAAACGAAUCAGCAUUUUGUGUAAAACCAAUUUUUAUGGCUAACAGUGGAGAAGUUGAAGCGACAUCUGUAGAAAUAAAACUGAGAUUCCA